GAUGAGCUAGAUCGAAAAGUCUAGAAUGACAGCGGAAAUGCGUCACCAACUGGUAUGUAUUUUCUGACAAAGGAGAAAAUUAUUUAACUUAACCUUUUGGACCGGCACAAAAAGCGCUAAGUCAGCAGAAACUGAUUCGUCCUUUAACUUACUGCCAAGUAAACAAAAUUCGUACGAAGAAAAGGGAUUUGGUCACUUUCAUUUAAAAAAAUGCAUAGCAUUCUGGAAGAUGCUACAGUUUCAAUGGAUUUAUUUCUAAAUAAGCAGCUACUAGGCUCGAAGUUGGAAAUACGACGAUGAGCUUCAUUUGUUGUGAAACCCCCUCGCGAAAGAGGCAGUGCACUUCAGGGAAAAUACUUCUAACGAUUUUGGUAUUUCUUACCUUCUCAUCAGUCAGUAAAGGUUAUAAGUGUCCAAACUGCAGUGGCCAAUACAUCAAAACUAUUGAUCCCUCAACAGGAAAAUGUGUAGAGUGCUGGCCUUGUCCAGAAUGUUUAGAUGGUCAUGGUUCAUCUGUCAAAUGUGGAGCAACUGUACCUGAAGGCACAAAAAUUCACUGCGUGCUUUGUGUCAAUGGUGCAAAUUUCUCAGACAGUUUUGGUACUGAUCAAUGUCAACCUUGUGGAGAGUGUGCAGGUGAACAUGAACAUGUACUUAACAAAUGCACGUGUGAAAGUGAUGUCAAGUGUGAUUGCAAAGCAGGGUUUUAUUGGAACAAGACAAAUGAUAAAUGUCUUCCCUGUAGUUCCUGCCCAAGCUGCUUGGGGGAUAAAGACAUCUUUGCAAAAUGUCAGAAGGAUAAAGGUGAACAGCAGAUGGCAAGGUCUUCUAUUAUUACGUACAGUACAUCAUCAGUCUCAUCCUUAGUAACAUCUUCCCAUUCACAUUAUGCUACUUCUAUGUCUUUGUUUCCUACAAGAACCCGACAGAUGAGCGCUACAUCAACAAGUGUAUUAGAGCAUGAGAUGACGACACCCACUUCAAAAGCCACAGUGCCAGUGCAAAUGAAUGAUGACCACACUCAUAAGAGUUCCAGUAAGAAAACUGAAAUUAUUAUAUCAGUAUCAAUCAUCAUGUGUGUGUGUCUUUCAACUUGUGUGACACUGUGUCUUCUAUACCACACAUUAAAGAACUCCAGGACUCGUCGAAUAAAUAACGACCCUGUUAGAUUUUCGGAGUUAAAUAAAGGCACUAUUGAAGAAAGCCAACAAGGAAAUAAUGAAGAGAGCUGUAACUCAUGUGAGACCUCUUGUGUUGAUGAGCUUAAUAUGGAUAAAACACAAUGCAGUGAAAUUGUUGAAGAAAGAAAUAGUAGUGAACCUGUGUUAUCAUCUUCUUUACGUGGUUCAGAAGACAAGUCCAAUCUAACUGCAGACUCAGUCCAUCAGGAUGGUAGGGCCAUAGUAGGUGAUCAAAUUCCUGAAGACACAACAGCAACAGGGAUUCCAUCAUCUCUUGAAGAUGAACAAAAAAAUGAACAAAGAAAUUGCAUCUGUCAAGGGCAUAAUCAGCCAUGUGAUUUGCCUAAAGAUGUUCAGGAUGGCUCUGUUAUUGCAUCAAAGGAUGGGACAGUGGUUCCCUCUGACAAUCUGGAUGCACUUGUUGAUGUGAAAAACAAGAUGCCAUCUGGCAACAACACAGCUGUUAAUGUGGUCAUCAAUAUUCAUGACCUAUCACAGAUUAUGAAAGGCACAGCUUCUGUGUCUCCAUUUGGUGACUUAAACAGUACAUCUUGCGAUAACAAUUUGGUUGUUCCUGCAUCAAGUUCAGGAAUGCCAGUGCCAGUAAACCAGGGAACAAUGUGUGCUCCUAGUUCGACUGUGACACCAACAGCCCAAUCUACUGAAGGAAACAGAGGUUAUGCGACCCACAUAACAUGUGUACCUUCACUUGUUAUUAAUGAAAUGUGCACUCUGCUAGAUUUGGAUAGAUAUUUAAUAGAUGGAAAUGAUUAUACAAGGCUUGGAAGUGAACUUGGGCUGAAUUCAACACAAAUCCAAACCCUCAAACAGAAAUGUAAUAACCCAUCUUAUGUUAUUCUUAUGCAAGUGUUUUCAGUCUUGCCAAAUUCUGGAACACUUGAACACCUCAUUCCCUUGCUGAAAAAAAUGGGAAGACAUGAUGUGAUUCAAGUCAUAGAUAGAUGGGUAGGCAGCCAAUAGUGCAUGAAGGCUAAUUCCCAGGUUAAUUAGGUGUAAACAGUGUUUCACAGUGGCAGACCCAGACCCUUCUUCUUUAUAGGGUGGGGACCCCUAACUUUUUGUAGCCCUUAUCAGGCUAUAAAUUAAGGUGACUGCCCAAAAAAUGUUUGGCCUUACAGACCUUACAUAAUUUCACCAAUAAGAGGGUAGGGGGCUUGCCCUCCCCUCCUCUCGGGCUAUAUUCCAGAUCUGCCACUGUCUCAUAUUAGGUGUGCAGUGUUUUGGACUCUCAAAUCUCAGUACAAUAUACCACUGAACAGCAUGUAAAUUAUUGUUAGUGAUCAUGUUACGUCAUUGCUUUGUACUCUACCAUGAUGGCACCAUAGUACACCUGGGUUUCAUUAAUGUUUUCAGCAGAAGGGCAACUGGUUUUCACAGGUGGGCAAUUUUUUUUUUAACUGAACAUCUUUAUGAGAGUAACUUUCCUCCAUUUGGUUGAAAACCAGCCAGGCAAAGUCAUCCUCACAGCUGGUGAAUUUGCCUGGUGCCCAGCCCUUUAAUGAAACCCUGCAUUAACAUCAUAUGUAAACUGAAGAGACUGAGAAACCAAAACAUUAAUUAACAUUUACAUGUUAAACCAUAACAAAGGAGUAUUUUUUUACUUGUAAAAAGAGUUUUACAUGAAAGUAAUGUUGUGCUGUUAUAAUGAAACUCAAUUAAGAGUUUAACCAGUACGAAUUCUGUAUGUUUGUUUGUUUUUUUUUGAAAUACACUUUAAAUGUAUUCUUCACUGCUUUGCAAAAUUGAUAUACCUAGGCAGGGACUAGAUAAUUGAGAUUGUGGUAUAUUCAACAAAUGUUUUACCUCUUUCACUGCUGAUCAUUUUUACACCUUUGAACAUUUUUUAUGAAAUUUGUGCAUUUAAAAAUAAUUGUAUAUUAUUUAUUGAUUUAUUUAUUUAUUUAUAUUAAUUGUCACACUUUUUAUGAAAAUGUCAAGACCCCAAAGUGUAUUUACACUUCAUUUAAAGUUUCUUGUUCACUGCUAGCUUUUUCUGUGAUGAUUUGGUUUGCCAAUGCUCUUCCAAUGUAACUUUCAAUGGCCAAUUUCCUCUAUGAGAAGUGCCUGCAGGGAAUCAUGGUAGUUGUAUUCAUCAUCUUGGACUGGAUAUUUGUUUUUUAAUGAUUAGAAGACUUACCUGCAGGCCUGUCUCAUAGAGGGAACUGGCCAUAAGCAAUCCCUCAAAGGGCUCCACGAGCAGUAAAUGCCUACUAGUCUCUAACAUGCAAUCUUCAUUUCCUCCAAAACUUCAUUUGAUCUCAUUUUGCAUCCCAUUUGCACUUUCAAUAUCACAUUUCCGUCCUCGUUGCAAAGUGAUCAGGAGGAAGAUUGGAAACAUUCCACAGAUUUUUGACUAUUAUUUUGUGUGUUGCAAAGUCCCACUUGCCUUAGUAAUCACUUAAUAUAUGGGCCUAUAUCGUUUAAUUUUAAGGCUAAUAUUAUUAUUAAGUUAAUAAAGAUGGUGAAUUUUUAAGCUUGGUAAU